UUUUCGUUUUCUGGGCUUUGACACAAUUUCUUAAGAAAAAAAACCAAGAAACAGUGUUGGGGUGAAUUUUGGGUAGAGCAAAGAUGGGUGUCGGCCUAUCAGUUCUGAUAGGGUUGAAAGCAGCAGUGCUUUUCUUCUUCUUCGCAAACCUGAGAAGGUUAGGUUUCACUCUGCUAUCAAUUCCAUUUUUGUAUGCCUCUUUGGUAUCCAUGUUGGUUUCCUUAGCUUCUCACCCAUCCAUAGACCUUCCCAUGCUGUUGGGCAAGAACCCAGAUGGGAGUUUCCCAAUUUGGUCAAUCAUUAUGUUCAGCCCAUAUUUGUAUUUUGUCCGAUUCUUCUCGGCAUUGCGAAGAUUGCUCAGUGGAGAGGCUCCUUAUAGUGAAAUCUGCGAGGGUUUGUAUGUCGGCGGAUGGCCUUCUUCUCCUGAUAAACUGCCACCAGAUGACCCUGCCAUUGUUGAUUGCACCUGUGAGUUGCCAAGAAGGCCGGAGUUUUCAGGGCAUUCUUAUUUGUGUGUCCCGACAUGGGACACAAGGGCUCCUCAGCCGGCCGCCAUUGAAUCCGCUGUCAAAUGGGCUUGUCGAAAGAGGGACCAGAAAAGGCCUGUUUUGGUCCACUGUGCAUACGGUCAUGGAAGAAGUGUGGCUGUAAUGUGUGCACUAUUAGUUGCUCUUGGGGUGGCAGAGGAUUGGAAAAACGCUGAGAAAUUAAUUCGAGAAAAGCGUCCUUACAUAAGGAUGAAUGCUCUACACCGCAGGGCUCUGGAAGAGUGGUCAAAACAUCGGUUGUCUCCUUCUCAGAAGAAUGGAUAAACGAAUUCCUGAUUUCCUGGUCUGUUUGCAUUGCUGCUGUUGUAAAAGUUGAUCAUAUGAUGCACACCCAUUUUGCUUCUCAGCUUCAGAAGAAUUAUUCAUGGUCCCCUUACUCCAUUCUGUUGAUGACCUCUCUCCUCUCGAACACAGAGAUUGCCAUUGAGCUUCGCUGCAGUGUUAAAUUUCCAAAUUAUUGGAGAUUUGUUUUUUUAAAGUUUGGGGAGUUUAUUUUUUAUAAUGCUAUAUGUUGGCAAUAGUAAAGAACUUGUAAGUUGUAGCUCAAUUCAUUAAGAACAUUUACUUACGCACCCAAAGUCCAGGUUCGAUUAUUCUCUCUCCUACUAUACAUAUAUAUAUAUGUAUAUUUAUGUUGACG